GAACAACGUUGUUAACAAAUAUAUACAGAAGAGGGAAGAAAUACGAGAAAGACUUUACUUCAUUGUAUGAUGUUAAGCCACAUUUGGUUAUAAUGUACAGCGCAAGAUAAAAUUGUUUAAGGAUGAGUGAAAGAAAUGGACACCGAAGAGGUUAGUUGGGCGCGGUACAAAAUAUGAAGACGACCCGCAUAUUUUAUCGUUCUGGUGUUAUAAUUUGCUAAGCUGCUGAACAAUAUGAACAGGAUAAAAGAAAUGGAAGAUAUUAUCAAGGAUGAUAUCCUGCAUAAAGAACGCAGAGUAAGAGAUGCAACAGUCACCGUUCACAUCAUGGGAAGUCGCCCUCAUGAAGAAUUAAUCGCAGAGAUCCUUUCUGUACAGCAUAAAUAUGAAAAGUUCCCACAACUGAAACAGUCUACUUACCAUCAUCACCAGUGUAUCAGAGGUGGACCUCCCUCCAAAAAGAGCAGCAAACAUAUUGGCUGCAAGGCAUACAUUACCUUUAAGAAAUUGACUCAUCCAAUGGGAGGCAAUAUUUUGGUAGUAACUGAAAAGGAUGUACAUACUGGUCAUGAUCCAAAUAGUCCUGAGGAGAGCAUUUAUCAUACUACACCAAAGAAGAGGAAACUACAAGAGCCUGGGAGAGGUGUUACUCAACUUAUAGAGAAGGGAUGGGCAGAGAAGGUUAUCUACAAAGGCAGUGGAAUCUUCCAUAUGCCAAUGGAGUGCAAUGAAGAUAAAAGUUACACAUUAUUUUUCCCCGAACUUAGUUGUUCAUGCAGAGUAGGAAAAAAACGUUUGUUUUGCAGACAUCUUGAGCUGCUAAUGAAAUUGCAAGAGGAAAAAAGAAUAGAAAAUUUGAAUGAUUUAAUGAUGGAGGAGGCUAGAAAUAUCCUUAAAGAAGAACAUCCAAGAUAUAACAUACUGUCACAGGAAAGUGGGGAAGUCAGUGUAUUUGUCGCCUCUCACAAAAUUUCAGUGCAGUGCUCUCUUGCAUCAAAUAGCUGUACUUGUACUGCAUAUACUUAUGCAGGUGUUUGUGUUCAUUUGCACUUGGCAUCAAUCCUUUUACCAGAGUUCAGAACAAAGUCACAUGUUACUGAUGAUGGCACAUAUAGUAACAUCAUUAUGGAAGAGGUAUCCUACGGUAAUUCUGCACCUCAAGAAGUAUAUGGUAAUGUUGUUACUGAGGAAGACCAUUACAAUACUGAAACAGAAGAAGUAAUUUUCAAUACAAGUCAGACUUCAGAUUCAUACAUAGCUAAAUUGAAAGAUGUAAUCCACUACCUAGAAGCGGCAAGUCCUUCGCAAGAAAUGGCAACAUUGAUUGAUGAAUUGUACAAUCAUGUAAAAGAUAGCUUUGUUUAUGUAUUACCUGUAGAUUCUGAAUAA